AUGAACAACCCUUUCGCGCCCUCGACCUCGCAACCCGGCCACGGCUCCAUCGUGCUCUCACUCCUCCCACCCUCGACGCCGGUGCUCCGCACCGUGACAUACCAGUACCCGCUCAAGCUGAUCGCGCCGGAGCCGGUCGCAAUCGCGCCAAACUCGCCGCUGGCGGACGAGCCGCGCACGCAGCACGUCGUGCACACCGUCUUCGUGCUGACCUACGGCGGCGGCCUCGUCGCCGGCGACGCCGUCACGCUGCGCGUCACGCUCGCGCCCGCCACCCGCCUCUGCCUGCUCACGCAGGGCAGCACCAAGAUCUUCAAGGCGCCGUCCCCCGAGCGCCGCCUCCGCUCCGGCCAGACCACUGACGUGCGCGUCGCGCCCGGCGCCGCCCUGUGCUUCCUGCCCGACCCCGUCCAACCGUUCGCCGACAGCGGCUUCGUGCAGAAGCAGCGGUACGUCGUGCUGCUGCCGCGGCCGGGCGAGGGAGAGGGGUCGGCGCCUGGCAGUCUGUGUGUGCUGGACUGGGUCAGCGAGGGUCGGUCCGCCCGCGGCGAGCAUUGGGAUUGCUUCGAGUAUACGAGUCGGAAUGAGGUGUGGCUGGCGCCGCCAGAGGCGGAGCUUGAGCCGAAGGACUGGGAUGGUGCUGAGACGGGUCGUCUGUUGUUGAGGGAUAACGUGAUCUUAAACAAUGAGAGUGGGGAGGGAGCGGCUGCAGCGGGGACCAUCGUUGGGCGUAUGGACGAACUUGCGGCGUUUGGGACACUAAUAUUAUAUGGGGCACAAUUUGAAUUGCUCGGGAGAUUUUUCCUGGAUGAGUUCCAGGCCAUGCCGAGGAUUGGCGCAAAGAAGUGGCACACCGCGACUACGGAUGAGCACCAAGAGUUAACGCCACAAGAGUUGUGGAGGACAGAGAGACUGCAGCAAGAGGUGGAUAACGGGGUAGUGUGGACAGCGGCAGCCGUUCGCGGGGCAGUCCUGGUCAAGUUUGGAUCAAAAAGCGUCGAGGGAGCACGAAGGUGGCUAGGCAGCAUGAUCAAAAGUGAGGGCACCGUGGAAAGGAACUUCGGAGAAAGAGCUGUGUUGUGUUUGAAAUGA